AUGGCGUCGUCGUUGAUUAAAAUAUUUCGCUUCAGAAAGCACAAAGAUUGUAAUGAUCUUAAUCGUAAGGAAUCUUCGCGUCGUUCUUUGCGAUGUUGUUCACCAAUUCCCUCUUGGCGAUCCGAUAAGGAAGCUAUCUACAUAAGCGGUGCAUCAUGGACUCGACCAUCAGCGCCUUAUUCUGUUAUUACGGCGCCAAAGAAGGGCAAGCAAACAAGAUCAUGCCCUGGAGGAGUUUCCAUUUUCCCGAUUAAAUCAUCUAGCAACAAAAAAUGCGACUCGGUUGAGAGCAAAAGCGCUGGGAUAACAACUGACGUCAGAAAUUUGGAUGCUGAAGUAAAGACAUCUGAAUAUGGUAGUGCUGAUCCCAGUCCAACAGAUAGUUCACAGAGUGCUCCUGUACCAUUUUUGGAAUCCAAAGCUGAUAUCGAGUUGAAAGCUGAGAUUGAGAAAUACGAGUUUGAGAUACGAAGAUUAAGGAAACGUUUGAAGGAAGAACGACAUUAUUUCAAAGGACAAAUCAUUGCUGUACAGAAGGAAAAAGAUCACAUGAGGCGAUAUCUAGAAAAAGCUAGCCGAGCUGUCAUGCAUAUGCAACGAGGAAUUGAUCAAGAAAGACGGAAGAAUUCAAAUUUGAGGAAGCAGUUACACGAAUCAGAUAUAAUUAUUAUUGGUCUGCAAAAUCAACUUAGGAAUAAUCAGUAUCGUGAAAUAGAACGUAUGGGUAGUGUUAGUUGUCCAUCGUGUGGUUCAACGAUUGUUGGCGCUGGUGAAGCGCUAUGUGCGCUUACACACUCGAAUGCAAAUCUUUACGACGAUUCAUUUACUUCAAAUGUUAGUGAUGCACUGGAUGAAGUGAAAAGUUUUCGUAACAAAAGAUGUAGUACACCGACAGCUGCACCAUCACCAAGAACUUCGUCACCAUCUAUGAAGGAUGCUAAUAUACUUCCGGAGCAAAUAACUGCGGACGAAAAAUCAUGUGUAAAAUCGCCACAUAGUCCUUUGAGGCGUUCAUAUUCGGAUAGUGAGUUACCAUCGAUGGUUUCAACAACUGAAAUAGAAAGUGGUUUACAAGAAUGUUUGCUACAAUUAACCCACUUGCCUACCCGUGGAGAAUUACUUUCUGAAAGCUUGGAUGGCACCAGUUUUUCGUCAGAUGAAGAAACAACAACCAUUGAAUUGAUAGAGAAGCAGUUGAGACGUCGUGGUGACAAUGUUCGUUUUGUACCUCCACGGCGAGCUGUACGACAAGCAACUUUUCGACGUUUUGGUCGUAAAGAAAUAAGUGCUCUGGCAGAAUUUGAUUAUUUGCAAAAUUUGAGUACUGAUGCCAGUGGAAUUGCAACCAGUUCGGAUUAUUCAUCACCAGAAGGACGUCUGAGAUUAAAUAAGGAAGGGAUAACCGAAGGUCGAACACUAUGUAAAUUAAAGGUCUCAUCAUGA